UUGGAACAUCAGCUUUUGGUGCAAAUGGCGACUGCUGUGUCUUCGAGAUGAUAUUAGUUUUCGAUUUUUUGGCCAAAAACAUGAUAUAACAUUAGCUAAUUGUGCCACGAAUUUAAAGUCUAACUCGUGGUAUCCAAGAUGGUGUGCAAAGAGGAAGUUUGCUUGUGGUUCAAGAACAAUGAACCUCAUCGCCGUUUGGAGUUACUGUGCUGUUUGCUCAACUUGUGUCUCCCAUUCGAACUUCACUUCAUUAAAACAUGUUUGGAAGAUUUAAACAAAAGAGUUGACUUGAAGGAGGUGGAGAAUAAAGUAAACAGUCACCAAGAAAUAGAAUCUUUGUCCAGUAAUAUCUUAGAUGAGCACACUCGUAGCAGGAUGGUCAUCUGCGUGGCGUUGCUUAAUGCUUCUAACCGAACUGGUUCCGACAUGAUAUACCGGCUGUUAUUAGCAGCAACGCAACCAACUGGAAGUCAUGAUGUAAACUUCCUGAAGGAAAUGUUGCUCCUCUACACAAUGGUGUUGAAUCAUCCAGCAUUUACGUUCCAGCAGAAGAACUCUGUGACCAAACUCUUCGAGGCACUCAAAGAAAUGGACGAAUGUGAAACUCCAGUUCCAAUCAUGCAGUGUGAUGCCGCAAGCUUUGGGGAGCAGAAUGCUCGAGUGUCUUCCGAUGAGGAAUCCAACCCCCAGCAACUUCCAGUUACGGCUGUGACUCCUGACUCUGCUCCCGAAGUGGCUGUUUGCCCAGACACCAUGGAAGCCUGUCUUCAGCACCGCAGUGAUGGUGCCCCAGCAAGAGUACCAGGUCAUCUGAGGUAUCUGGAGAACAUGCCUCGGGAGUUCUUGGAACAAUUGAGCCAGCAGUUGAGUGGUACAGUGCCAGCCAUUCCUUACCUAUCUCACACUAUGCAUGGAGUGCCCAUGCAGCAACAGCCUCCAAGACACCCAGCAGUUUCGAUGCCUUCAGAGGUGCCUGGUGCUUUGAACACUUUCUCUUCAAGUCACCACUUUCCUCCUCUUGUCUUGGACUACGCAACAAUGCCAGCUAACUCCUACUUUUCUUCAACUGCUCUAAAUCCGCAGCAUCGUCAGUUUGCCCUCGCAGAAGCCAUUACAUCACCUCCUCCUCUGUCUGGGAGUUCAACUCUGCCUCCAGAGGGAUUGCCCAAAGCUACGUCUUUUUCAAGAGUGGACGAUUCUGCUCAGGACCUACAUAGCCACCUUCUGCAGCAUGUGCCUCCUUAUCCGAUGUUGAGAACAGGUCCGGUUUAUGGUGAAUAUGAAGAGCCUGGCGCCAUUCCAAUUGUUCAUGAUGCACCUAUUGCCAUCAUGGGUCCACUGCUUCCUCAUCAGCCAAACAACCUUGAUCAUAAUGCCAGAAGAAGAAACACUGAGAGCGAAGAGGAGUUUAUGUUUGGAGACGAUGUGUCGGUCUCAACAACCUACAUUUACAACUCAAAUCUUGUGGGUCCAACUCUGGCUCAUCAUCACAAUUCCUCAGUUGUUUCUUUAGGUGGCGUGGUGAAUGGCACUGAAAGAAGCAGCGGCGAAUGUUUACUGCCGUGCGCUUCCGCCACUGGAAAGCCUAAUGCUGAGUUUGGGAGUGUGCCCAUCAUCUCUUGUUCUCACCAGAACACCUCGUCUGCACAAUCUUCUGCUCAAUCAUCUUCUCCGUAUGCUUCUCCUCCUCAGUCAUUACCCACCAGUCGUUGUGGCUCACCUGCCCCUGGGGUGCAGGUGCAUCAAGAGUCACUAAUUCCUGUUGUUUGUUCAGACACAGCACCAAGCAAAGGUUGUCUCUCUCUACAAGAUUCAGCACUCAUUGCUAACAACCUUGCUUGCUUUGCCUAUCAGCAGUCACAAAAUCUUCAAGCGCACUCCAAUGAGCUAAGCUUGACUAAUGCCCCUUUUAUCAACAAUGACAACACUGAUGAUGAAUCUUUACAGUUACAAUCGUCUAUAGUACAAGAUAGUCCUGUUUUAACAAGUAAUCUUGUUUCUGAUCUUUCUUCUUCUCAACACUCGUGUGGUCCUUUGAGUUCACUUCAUUUCUCUCCAGAAAGCUGCCAAAUAUGUCUGAAUACUUCUAACGUCGUUGUGUCGUGCCCGGAUAAUAGACUAUCCAAAGGCACAAGGUCUGCUACCCCUACAGGAUCUCCUUCUAAGACUAAAGACGUUAAAGGUGAUUCCUCUCUGAAGUUCAAUGAGAGUGAUCCUAGGAGACAGGUUACAAAUGUCAACGUGUCCACUGCUGUCACAACAACUGUCACCACGGUCACAGCUCACAACAGCUCCUCUUCUCAUUUGUCCCCAUCAAGAAAAAAUGUCUACAAGAGCAGAAAAAGUUCCUCUAAUGACAUUAAACAUGACAAGGGGACCUUGAAAUCGUCGCAACAAAAGGAGGAAUCUUAUUCUCAGUCCAGAUCCAACAUUUUUUCUGAUUCCUCAUCUCCUGGCAAGAGCAAAACAGAACAGGUUAGGCCACUGGAAGAAAGUUCCUUAAUUUGCUUUGGUAUGGAUACUGCUGGUGACCCUUCCUCUUGCAGUUCUCAGUUGUGCUUCAUGUCUCAUGGAGAUUCGUCUUACAGCAAUUCUAUCAGUUUUACUUCCUGUCCGCAUUCAUGCAACUGCAACUACACACUACAGUCUGAAUCGGCCUCAACUGACACAGCAUUAAGCAUGACCACCUCAGAAUCCAGCUGUUGCAAAUGUUGUGACUGUGAGCCUGAUCAGAAACUCACUACUGACUUCAGUCCAACCAUGAGGCCUCCAAGUAGACCCACGUCAGGAAAUCAGAUUGGUGCAGCUCCUCAUCAGCCGAGCAAGAAAUCUCAGCGCGAUGAUUCUACCACUCGUCAUGCUAAAUCAAAAGGAAAUGCCUUGCCUCUAGCAGCUAACGUCGUAAGAACAGACAAUAGGCCGAGGGUUGUUGAAUCAGAUCAUUUAAAUGAAGUGCCCAAAAUCUCCAGUUCCUCUUGUAUGCAGUCUUGUACCUCAACUGAUGCAGAGACAAAACCAACUGCUGGCCCACACGCUUCCACUACAGUUGACAACAGAAUAAAUUUGAGGCGUGAGGACCGAAUGAAUGGCGUUGUUUUACCUCCCGCUUCGUCUGAGAUUGCUUUACCUCCUGGGCACACUUCGGUCCGCUCUACAUCUCCUGUCAGUUCGACGUUUUUACCAGGAAUUAUGGGACCAGAUACUCCUCUUACUAGUCAGUCAGAUCCCACGCUAAACGCUCCCGAGCCAGUAUCUUUCACUGACCCAACAUCCCGUAACUCGAGACCUAUGUCUCCUUAUGCUGAUCACAGUCCAGCUCCUGCAAUUGUAUCAUCGUCCAGUGGCUCUCGAAUGUGCAAUUCUCCAGCAACGAUCACACAAGCCUCGUCUUCUUGCAUCUCGUCUUCUGUGACAUGCAUGGCCGGCCUCACGUCCGUCGCUGCGAGUGGAAGCAUCUCAUUCGGAGACGUCAAUCUGAGUUCAUUGGAUCUUCCAGAGCAGGAUGCUGUGGUGCUCAUCAGUAGAUCCUCCUCAUCUGAUUUACCAAUGACAAGAUCUGACAACAAUAAACUACCGUGCAGUGUGGCUGAUCAGAGCUCAUCCCAUAACAAUGAUGCCAAAUUUACCUGCCAAAAGUCCGAUGCCCGAGACGGUGAUCCCAAUCGUACUCCUAGGAUAUUGACAAAUAGCAGGAGCAAGCCUGUUCCUAAAGGCAACAAUAAUAAUCAUCAUAAUAGCUCUAAUAAUAGUAAUAAUGCCAAUAGUUUUAGUCAUAAUAAUAAAUAUCGCGGCUCUGUACCUAAUUCGUAUGAAGAUAGCAAUGCUUCCACUUAUAGAAAUGUCUCUGGUCUCAAUUCUAGAAAUGCAAAACGCAAUUUUGACUGCACGAACGGUGUAGGAUCGAACCUCAUGAAUCUCCCACCGCCUUUGAAGCCCAAUGUUGGAGAGACGCCUCACUUGCCUAACAGCAACGCUCCCGUAAGUUGCAACUCGCGUUCAAUGCCAAAUUCAGUUGCGCACAGCUGUGAGGCUGAACAGAAGCCUCCACUUCUGCCUUGUCCUGCCUCUCGCAAUGCCCACCCUGCAUGCCUCACCAACGGCAUUGUGCCGCCCCCUAACUCCUCGAGCGGAGCGCCUGAUGUUCUACCUGAUGAUGCGACCUCUCAUUACUUGGGACGUCCUUGCUUCAUGACGGCGCCGCCUCACUUGCUCGCUAGAGGUUUUCAGUUUGCACCACACAACUUCUUAUCAACACCUCCACCCUCGCUGCCAUUCUUGUCUGGUGCUCCUGGACUGUUACCUGCACCACUACCUCCUCCUUCUAAGGUACCUCCCAUGGCGCUCUCCAGCUCUCCUCCCCCACUCACCACGUCCCCGAGUAAGACCUCCACCUUCACCACCGCCUGCACCACGACCCUCACGUCGUCUUCUGUGUCAUCUCAUCACCAGCGCACGCCACCGCCGCAGCAGCAACGCACGUCACCACCGCGCGGCUCAGAACAGCCACAUCCUUUUGCUUCUAUUCCGGGUGUAUACAACAACAGCAACAAUAACGUCAGCAGAAACAACUCUCUCCAUCACGGACACAACGGAGGAGCUCAGGCCCUGGCCCCGUACGGCGGGCCGGUGUACAUGCCCUACGGCCAUAUGGGCGCUCCCCAACACUCGUAUUUCAUGGGCGGUCCUCGUCCUCCACAUGUGCCCCACAAGCUCCCUCCUCCCCCUCCUCCCCCAUACUCUGCACAGCGACAUGGAAACGGUAGUAUAGGUGGAAACAGCAGCAGCAGCAGCACGUGCAGCAGUCACAGCAGCAACAGACAGCACAAGUCGCGACACGUCAACAGGAAGUCCCAGAAUAACAACAAUAACAAUAGUGGGGCAAGAGGAGGAGGAGGAUACUGGGGACACCAGCCUGAAGGGCGAGGACCUAGCAACCGCCGGGCACCUGGUCCUCCUGCUGGAGGAUCUACCGACACCUCGCCAGAUUCUUCUCAAUACUCCUCUCCUCCUCAGACUCCUAGUCCUGAUCAAGACAGCAAAACCCCUGGCAAGAGAAGCGAAGAAGAACCCUGGGAUCGAAGCGGCUUUCCUCCCACUAAGGGAACAGGAUCGCUAGGAGGUGUAACUGGUGGUGAUUCCACGCCUCCCAUGCCACAAAUGCCGUUCAUGUUCCCUCCACACCACGGCUCUUCUGCACGCCCCAGGUAUCUGCAGUAUCUGCCUUACAAUCCCUCAGCACAUCUCUGGCGGUACCAUAUGCCUCACUCACGCUUCCCUGCGCCGCCUCACAUGCACCAGCCACAGCCUCCUCCACACGCAGAGAAGAACAGCAGAGAGACCACCCCAGCAUUGGUACACUUGCCUCAACCUCCUGCCGGAGACAGCAGUAGACAUCCUGAGGGGAGAGGGCCGAGCGUUAGUCCUCCAGGCCUUCCAAAUGGCAGUGUGCCCAUGCCCAUGGGUUCAAAUUCGUACACGGGUCAUCAUCCCGGCAACUAUCCCAUGCUAGUCAAUGCCGCUGCUGUAAUGGCUCUUCACAAUCUUGUGCCCAACCCUCAUCCCCCAGCUGGACCUUCUCAUCCUGCUCCCCCUAUUAACCCUGCACAGACGUCGGCGAUGAGUAAUGGAUUUCCUGCUCACGCGCAACCUCCAAUUCCGCCAAACUUCUCGUCGCUGCCUAGCAUUACGGCAGCUGGAAACAUUCCCCCUGAAAUUUUUUUCGCAUCCUAUGCUCACUCACCCCAGCACAGCCAGUACCCACAACCUCCAAUGCUCCCCCAUCUCAGCGCACAGGCACCACUCAUCAACAACCUACCUAGCGCAGCCCCUCACUACUCGGCCAGCAAAAAACCAUCGUCUUGCUACAACUGUGGGCAGCUCGGCCAUCGAGGCACUGAAUGUAGAGAAGCUUCCAUAGAAGACAUGACCAAGCGUUCCAAAGUUUCAUAGAUUAUUUGUGCUGCAGCGGUAUGAUUCGAUUAUCAUAGUAUUUUGCUUGGUUUUGUGAGAGGACUUCAUUAAAAGCGUAUCUGUAAAAGGCUGGGCACUAAUAAGUGAAUUCUCUUGAAGGCUUUUACGUCCUCAAGGACUUGAUACUGCUUAUGUGAUGCCCUUGUGUAAUGGACAAGAAAGAUGAUCUUUGCCAGGUGCGGCAUUGGGAUAAUCUAUUAACAUAUAGAAGAGGUGCUCCACAUCUACUGUAGGCAAUUGCUCCUGUUGAACCUGAGUCCUGCAAAUUGGGCUAAUUUAGUCAUCUUGUUCCUGAUGAGGCGCCUGUGAUAAGAGACGGGGAGCAUACGAAUACUAUCUUAGACUAGAAUGAUCGUCUUGCAAUUUGUGAAUCACGACUGUUAGAGUGCUAGUUUGCUAGUGCUAAAGACAUCCCGAGGUAGGUUCUAGGUUCUGUGAUGCAGCCAUGCCCGUCAUUUCUAAGGUUUCUAUCAUCACAUUCGUUUGUGUAGGCCUAAGGUUUGUAUGUGAUGUGUAGUCAAUAUUUUUUGUAACGUUGUCCACGUGGUUGGAAUCACUGCCAUUUUAUUUAGCAUGAUAUUGCAUAGGGUUGGCGUCAGGCUGAUGGUCUUAAUGUAACUAAAUACUUCGAUACUCUUCUUCCCUUCGAGUGUGUCCGAAAGUUUGUCAUGUGCGUGCGCUAGAAAUAUUUCCAGAGAUGAUCUGGUGUUGGCUGCUAACUCGUAUUGCUGCUCUUUGGCUCGGGGAAUUGCCGCACCUACUCGUUUUAAUUUAAAUGAUUGGCUACAAGGAGCUCUGUUGAAAACAAAUACAUGGGAAUGAUAGGACUGAAGAGCAGUGUUCUCAUGGUUUCUCUAUUCGUAUGCUGAAUCUUUCAUUGACCAAAAUAUAUUACAAAAAAUAAA